GCCCUGGCCCACUCCGCCCUUUGUGGGGUAACGAAAUGCCAAAAAGCUCUUACAUCAUUGUGGCUGAAGCUCCAUCUGUGGCAAGUGGGGACCAAACCUUCUUACCUACAGUAGUUCAUCGCUCCAAUCCAGUCCAUCUUCUUGAACCCGGCGUAUCGGUAACUAUCCCCACGUUUCCCCAGCCAAGGCUUCAAAAUUCAACUCGAUCCACUUGUACCGCUUUCUAAGAGCAAGUAUGGUCUAUUAGAUCUAUGGCCAGAGAAGCAAAAUAUAACAGCUUGAAUCAACCCGCGCAUAUGCUCGGUAGUCGGAGAAAUCUGUGCACGUUGAAUUCAUUUAUUGCAUUUGCUUUCAUUGCUACAGUCAUCGUAGCGUUUAUGAUCAUGAUGGGGGAAGCGCCUGCUCCUUCAGAAGAAUACACCAAGUACAGUACAGUCACGGGAUAUUUCCUCCAAGAUGACGAAGCUACGGAUCCUAAGGGCUUCGAUUUCACAACUUCAAAUUUUGGGUUAAAAGACCGUACUUAUCCUGCAGAUGCGGAUCUAAGUACCAAUAGCAAGUUGACACAGUGGCAACGUUUUGCACGUGAGGUAUCAAGAUUGAAUCGCGAUAGCAGCUCCAAAAUCACCUACAAGCUUCUCUACCUCGGUCGGCAUGGUGAAGGUUACCAUAAUCUCGCCGAAGCAUUCUACGGGACCGAAGCAUGGGAUUGUUACUGGUCCCUGCAAGAUGGAAAUGAAACCAGUACCUGGGCCGACGCACUCCUCACAUCCGUUGGCGAAGGCCAAGCCAAAAAGGCCAACGAAUUUUGGCGUUCUCAAAUCAAAGACCAGAAAAUCCCAACCCCAGAAUCAUAUUACACCAGUCCUCUCCUACGCUGCCUAGCAACUGCAAGUAUCACAUUCUCUGGGUUAGAUCUCCCGAAAGAGCAUCCAUUCAUUCCGACCAUCAAAGAAAACUUGAGAGAAGUCAUUGGUGUGCACACAUGUGACAGGAGAAGUAGCAAGACUGUCAUUCACAGCCACUACCCUGAUUGGCCUUUCGAAGAGGGUUUCGCCGAGGAGGAUCCAUUAUGGAGUGCUAGCUUAAGAGAGACAAACCAUGCGAUCGAUCAGAGGACGUUGACUGCGGUUGAAGAGUUGUUCUCAUCGGAUAAGAGCACUUAUAUCAGUAUUUCUGCACACUCCGGACAGAUUGCUUCUAUGUUGAGAGUCCUUGAACAUAGAGCCUUUGGGCUUGGGACCGGACAGGCAAUUCCUGUGCUGGUGAAGGCGGAGAAACUUCCUGGGGCAGGACCGCCGAAGAAAGAUGCUCCGUGGGAGACAGUUUCGACGUGCUCCAAACCUCCACCUGCUCCGACUGCAUGAGAUUAUGAUACAUACGCAGCUCCCCUUUGAACAUAGAUUAUAGAUCAGAGAAUUCCGAAGGUUUGGUUUCCCAUUGGUCGUAUUGUUUUACUUUUGGGGUUAGUCCUCAA